GUUGGGCGCGCGCUGCGAAGUAAACUAUUUGAAAGGAAAAAUGGCGGAAAAACAUUCGGAAGCUGGACAAGACGGUUUCGGGUCUAUCGUCGUUGCAGGAAAUCCGAAUGAUGUGAACUCGGUUACACAGACAUCGAAAAGAUGCUCCACAAGCCCCAACACGAGCCUCAGCAUAGCACCUCCACACAAAUCUCCUCGUAUGGAGCCCCUAUCACCAGGCAAAGACACCGCAGAUGCAGAGGAAGCACACCCAGACACAGAGAAACAACAAAUGCAGAUAGAAAACACAGAGGAGCUUUCAAGUGUGCCUGACAGUCCGAGUACACGGAGGAAAUCCUGGAGGAGAGCCACCAUAACCCGACGCUCUUUGCCUGCACUGCCCAACCCUUAUCAGGUUUUGUGCAGUGGCAUAAGUACAUCCUUGUCACAGCAAGAGAGGCUUGAGAAAUUGAUGGAGGCUUCUAUGAUGCUGGCAGUUGAAAGAACUCAAAAUGUGCUCCAGUCUGUGCCCAACACCUUGCUGGACUGUUUUCAAAAUCAAGUUGAGCACAUAAAGAAAGAUUGGGGUUAUAUGACCAAAUGCAUGCACAGUGAAGCUCAGGUGCAUCCAUUCACUACUGCAGCCAGUUCUUGUGAUCCCACAGUGCGAAGAGCCAUGGAAAAAGUCCAGAAAACCAUCAACAGGCUUCAGGCUGAAAGUGAAUCUUGGGGGGCACUGUUGAACAAACACCGCGAUAAGGCAGCGGAAUUAAAAAGGUGGACAUAUGUUGUAAAGAAAGUGGAGCAAGGCCAGGAGGGAGGUGUAUCGUUAGAUGCUACAUGUGUGUCCCAGUCAUCACAGUAUCUUGUCAUCCAGAGCAAACCUGAUUACCAUGGUCUUCUCUCUAGACAACAGCCCAAACUUCAUACAAUAGCAAUGAUUAUGGACACUCAGUGUAAGAUGGUGAGAGAACUUCUGUCUAUCAAGGAGCAGUCCCAGUUAUUGGUGAAGGAGACCAGUAGCCGAUUGGCGAUGGAGGCAGGAUUCCAGGAUCUCUUAUCUGACCCCAUCAGGAACCUAAUGGCGGCACCUUUGCCCUCUGCAAUCAUAUAAUUACUGUGGCAGGAGGCAAGUCAGUCUAGCGGACUGGCUUGCAAUGAAUUGCACAUUAUAUAAGUAUAUACUUAUAUACAUAUGUAGUUUUGCUGUUAUGUGGAAGAGUAAAUUAAUUUUUUGCCCAGUUUUAUUAUUUUCUUUUCUUUUUUAUAUUUCAUAAAAAUGCAUGUGUAAAAAGUAAAUUCACGUUUCCUCUUUAAAAUAGUCUGCAGCAAGACUCGCAAUAUAAUUACUGCAAGUAAUCCAUAUGCUUGACCAGCAGGUGGCAGUGGUUACUUUUAUAAGUCUAUGACAGGUUUGGUUUAUGACUUUGUUGUUGUUUUUUACUUACCUGACAUAGACACAUUUGCACCUGUAAAACCUGAUAAAUGAUUAGGAAUUGGGCAGUUGCCAAAUAUAUUUGUAGGCCAACAUUCUGCAAAGUAAAAAUAUUGGUCUCUCUUUGAAUCAUAAAAUAAAGACUGAAAUAAAUUCCUUACCUCUUUGA